AAAAACACAACUACAACAACAAUAUUUAUAUAUUCGUCCUUAUUAUUCUUUUCGUGGAUACGGCGGUGGACUAGUUGGCGGAGUAUAAGUUUGAAUUGGAGGAGAAGCAAGUAUAACAGGUUGAACUUGAGGUUGAGGAGGCCGACGAGGAGGAAUCGGAGGUUGAUGAACCACAACAGUUCUUCCUCCAUAUCCAUAUCUGUAGUCUUCAUAUUCACGUACAUACUUGCCAAGAUAGGUAUUGCAUACACCACAACGAUGUUCAGCAUCCUUCCAAAAAUUAAAACAGAACGGCAAAAAAAUGAGUGGAAACAAAAAGCAGAAGAUAAACAGACUUUAAAAAAUUAUUAUUUUUGA